ACGAAGUAACCUUGACGGCCCUGUACUUACACUAACUGAAACAAGACAAGAUGGCAAGAAGACGGAGCUCAAUCUAUUACCAUAUAUAUAGACGUUUGUUUCUUCCUGCGGCGUACAUCAUGGCGUUCAUUAAUACGGUAAGAGGGAUCUAUAAUAGGCCAAGGUACACAAGGGCUUAUAUUAUACGUAGGAGAUCAACCUUAGAAUCUUGGUCUUUCCGUCACAUGAAAGUUCAUUACUGCGACAAGCCUAAAAGUGCCUCGAAGCUAUAUUCAUGGUACGGAGAAUGCAACGCCAAAAGCAGCCCAAAAUGCUCGUGCCCAAGGGAGGAAUCAUCGAAGGACAACAAGCACAAUAACUGUACCAGAAAACCCGCCAUGAUGUCCUCUGGGUCGAGGAGAUAUGUCCCAAAAUGCCUGAAGCAACCACAAUUCCACGAUCACACGGCUUCCCUCCACUCCUGCUUGUUGCCUCAGAGCGUGUGGGAAGGCCAGUUCAAUGUCUAGCAUUCCCUGGUAAAAGAAGUCUGACGAACGAUCCGCAUCCAGCAACCGACGG